CUGCGCUAUAUGUGCGGUAUUUCUUUUCGUAUGCCAGAAGCUGAUACGGGUUUGCUCCCUCCUUACCCCUGGUCUGAUGAUGACAACUCUAGUUCGGAAGAUUUUGUUGUUAAAAACAACCAUUUCCGAAGGCGAUGGACUUUUCUGCUGGUUUUUUUCACCCUUUCCUCCUGUCCCGCCACGCAUGAUGGGAGUCUUGGUUGGUUUUUCCUACUCUGGCUGAGUUUGUCCGGAGACAACCGCAAUGUUACUUGCUCAUGGUGAACUUCUUCUCUGGAAGGGUCAGUGGGUGCGCACUGGAAGGAGCGCCACUCCGUGCAGCCCAGAGCCACGUAGCGAGUAUUUCUUUAGCUGCUUGACAAGGAGGGUGGUGCCGGGAAGGAGCGCUGCGUGGUGACCCCUGGAGCCCCCGAUGUGGCCCCGAGGAAGACAUGGCUAGGCAGGGUGAAAGUCACGCGUUCGCUGCAAGCUAUGUAGUUGCAUCGCUCCUGCUGCUGCUCCCGGGCUUUGCCCUCUGGGGAGUGGUGAAGGCGAGCCCUCUGCUCAACAACACGGAUUGUAUCAGUUGUGGGAGGCCUAACGUUGUGAUGGUGAUGUGUGAUUCCUUUGAUGGAAGGCUGACAUUUCAUCCAGAAAAUGAAACAGUAGUCUUACCUUCUAUAAAUCUCAUGAAGAGACAUGGCAGUCUCUUUCUUAAUGCCUACACCAAUUCUCCGAUAUGUUGUCCUUCUCGUGCAGCAAUGUGGAGUGGCCUUUUCACUCACUUGACGGAGUCGUGGAAUAAUUUCAAGGGCUUGGAUCCAAAUUACACAACAUGGAUGGACCUCAUGGAAAAGCACGGCUACUAUACUCAGCGAUAUGGAAAACUAGAUUAUACUUCAGGGCAUCAUUCACUAAGUAACCGGGUGGAGGCUUGGACCAGAAAUGUGGAUUUUUUGCUUCAGCAAGAAGGCAGGCCUGUGGCAAAACUCUUAGGUGACAAGACAUAUGUGAGGAUCAUGGAAAAAGACUGGGAGACUACUGACAUAGCAGCAACUUGGAUAAAGAGCACGGCAACUAAUCUAACACAACCUUUUGUUCUGUAUUUGGGAUUAAAUUUACCUCACCCAUAUCCUUCACCCUCUUCAGGAGAAGAUUAUGGAUCAUCAACAUUUCUGACAUCUCCAUAUUGGCUUGAAAGGGUUAUAUAUGAAGCCAUCAAGAUUCCAAAAUGGUCUCCAUUUUCAGAGAUGCACUCAGUAGAUUAUUAUUCCUCUUACACCAAAAACUGCACCGGGAAAUUUACACAGGAAGAAAUUAGAAAUAUCCGAGCACAUUAUUAUGCCAUGUGUGCAGAGACUGAUGCCAUGCUUGGUGAGAUCAUUUCUGCUCUUAAUGAAACAGGAUUACUCAAAAGAACUCUUGUCAUAUUUACCUCAGAUCAUGGAGAACUAGCUAUGGAACAUAGACAGUUUUAUAAAAUGAGCAUGUAUGAAGCAAGUUCCCACGUUCCUCUCCUAAUAAUGGGGCCAAACAUUAAAUCACAACUUGUAUCCGAUGUGGUGUCCCUUGUGGAUAUCUAUCCUACUAUGCUUGAUAUUGCUGGAAUACCCACACCAGAAAAUCUCAGUGGAUAUUCACUGAUGCCUUUGAUAUUGGAAAAGGCAGAAAAUGAAGUCCCAUUCAGAAAACUACAUCCUACUUGGGUUCUGAGUGAAUACCAUGGCUGCAAUGUGAAUUCUUCAGCCUACAUGCUGCGAACUGACAAAUGGAAAUAUAUCACUUACUCAGAUGGUCAUUCAAUAUCUCCUCAGCUGUUUGAUCUCUCUGCUGAUCCAGAUGAACUAAUAAACAUAGCAACAAGGUUUCCAGAGAUCACACAUUCAUUAAAUAAACAGCUCCUCUCUAUAGUUGACUAUCCAAAAGUCUCUGCCUGUGUUCAACAAUACAACAAGCAGCAGUUUGUCAACUGGAAACAAAGUGUGGGACAGAACUAUUCAGAAACUUUAGCUAACCUCAGAUGGCAUCAGGACUGGAAGAAGCACCCGAAGAAGUAUGAACAAGCCAUUGAUAGGUGGAUUAAAGGGCAGAUGAAUGUAUGAAAUGGCUGGAGAAACUGCAUACCGACUAUCUCUAAUAAUUUGUUUCUAAAAAUAAAAAGGUGGUGCGAAUGUAACAAGCAGUGAUCUGCCACAAUUACUGAGGGUGAGCCAUGGGCAGUUGCUUCCUGUUCCCAAGCCCCAAUGGAAAUUCACCUGGCAGGCAAUAACUACUGUUAAGUGUUACACUGUUGUAAAUAGUGGCUGACAUGAUGCACAGUGAUCUGUUAAGGCUGUUAGAGCUGGACAUAUUCCUGGCAAUGAACCACACUUCUGUGGGGAGGGGAAAGAAGAGGAAAUUGCUUCCUGAUCUCCUUCCUUGUGCGCUGCUCUGUCCAUUAAGCCUGCAGGGCAACUACUCUGAAGGCUCUGACUGCAUCUAUGGAUCACUGCCUGUCAUGUCAAUUAAUUGGGAGAUUUCACUGCUCUUUAUAGUCUACACAACCUUGUAUCCAAGGCCCAUAAGUGGAAGGAGAAAAUGAUUUAGUGCUGUUCUGUGAGCAAUAAUGCAAAUGUUAGUGGAAGAAAUCUUGCAAUGUUAUGCCACAAAAUACUGAGGGUUCCAGUGCAGUACAAGAAAUAAGGUGAAUAAGGAAGAUAUAUGCUGUGGCAUAUAAACUCUAGAGGCUGACAUACAGAACAAGGAUGCAUCCGUGCAAUGAAAAAGCAGCGUAACAGAACUUCCCAACUAACUGCACUAGUACAGCAGUAAAGGGACAACCCUCCCCUUCCCCAGGAGCCCUCUAUGCCUCCCAAAAGUAUGGUCUUGAGGGUGGCACAGCCCUCAGGGACACAUUUUCAGUUGGCACAGAGGGCUUCUUAGGGAAGGGGAGAGCAUCAAAAAUUGUCCCUUACUUGCUGCACCAGUGCAGUUAGUUGGGAAGUUCUGUUAUGCUGCUCUCUCAUCGCACUGGUGCAUCCUUGCUGUAUGUCAGCCAAUGAUUCCUACAAAGGUUUUGAACUGAGUUUUUUGCAAAGGUUUUUGCAAAUGGAGGAACUUGUCUCAAUUGGCAGGCACUUUUCUAAUCUUCUGCCAAAUCAGAAACAGUCCUUCCAUGAGCAGAAGAUGCUUUCCUUAGUACCUUUUGGAUCCAAGCCAUAUUUGCAAACAUAUCUUAUCAACUCAUAGUAUUUUAUUCUCUUCUGACACAGGCACAGCAAAGCUUAAUAGUGAAUGGUUUUUGUCAGACUGAUGAUCCUGAGGCAACAGUGAAUGAUCAAUGUAAACUAAUGGGAAAUCAAGUGUGCCAUACUUUAGAGCGUAUUCUGUACAAAUGAACUUUUGGACUAGCCACCAGGGUAAAAUAUUAUGUAAGGGAGAAUCUUAUUCUGCAAAUGGGAGACCUGGGAGCAUAGUUCUGAGCAGGUUAUGCCAAAAUGUACUUUAGUACUCUACUAGUUAUCGUACAAUGCUACCUAUAAGGGACAGCCUCCAGUGUUCCCUCUAAUUUUUUUUUCAUCUGUGUCCGGAACGAAUUGUGUUCUGGGCGGCAGUAUCAAGGCAGUGUGUGCACAUGUGCAUUCAGUUGGUGCCUUCCUGAUUCUACCUGAACAGGAUCUAAAAUUAACCAAAUGGACUUCAAUAAACUUGUGAGUGUGUGCACAAGCACACACUUUAGAGGGAGCACUGACAGCCUCCCAGUAGUACAUACAGUGUUUAGCAGUUUAAAGGUCACAUCCCAAUUCCUCAUUUAUUGGCCAGAGUUACCACGCUUGAGAAAGUAUGUUGUGUACACACUUUUGGAUCAGGCAUUUUGCUAUCAUAGCUUAUGGCGAUGAGAUUAAUUUCCUCGAGGUGUUGAUUUAGAGAGCUGUCUAAAAGUAAUUAUGGGAUGUAUAGAUGGUCAGAUUUGAGUUUCUUAUUCAAUUCCUUGAUAUUUUCUAAAACAAUUGAAUUUCUGUUCAUUAUUAUACAUAAGCUAAAUCAUAUUGAUUAGAAUAUACUUGUAUAUGUGUAUUAAUAUGUAUUUAGACUUUCCUCUUCACACCUGCACUUCUGUGCUGAAUAAGGAAUCAGGAAUUUGCAUUAGCCCCAUAUAGAUGUGGUUGUAUUGGUCAGAACUGAACAUUUCUGGGUACUGUCUGAACACUCAUGGAUAUAAGAACUGAAAAAGAUUAUGCAGUUACACUCAGGGGAACAUUAUAAACACAGGGAGAGGAAUGCACAUGUUUUCAGUGCCCACUUGUACACUUAGAAUUUCUGACCAAUGAUUGUGUGAACAACUGAUCCUAUAUUUUUUUGUUUUAAUUGCUUUGUGUAGCAGAUUGCAAAUGUUUUUACAAAAGGAAAAAUGAAAUGUGAUGAUGGUUACCAUUGUGUGGGUUGACUAGUUUCAUCUGCAGUCCAUUAUAUCUGUUACAUAAAGUCUUUAAGCUUUUCAAAACUGUAUUGAGUUUUAUUUUGCUGUGUUGAAUAAGUUAUCUAUUUAGCUUUCAUACAGCAUAUUCUGAAUACGUGUUUGUACGUAUUAAGAUGGCUUGCAAUAAUAGGCAGCAUACUAUAUUAUUUUGAUAUUUUAAUGCUACAUUUUGUAUUUAUCAAGAUUAUUAUAACUGCAUCAACUUUUGUACUGUAAGCCACCUUGAGUACUGUAUACAUAUUUUUUAAAUAAAUAAUGUUUGGUCUAGA